GCGGUCUCCCACCCCAUUCCCCUCCUCCCGCCCUUGUCCACCUGGCCCACCUAUCCCCCUCCUCCCGCCCUUCCCCUACUUGCUUUCCUUCGUCUGUUCCCUCCCCACUCCUCUCUCUGCCUGUCCUCCUCCCCUGCAGCCAUGUCCUUCAGCCACGAUAGUGAUUCCAAAAUCACGUUCAACACCUCCGGCGGUGUGAGCGUCACGCCCUCCUUCGACAAGAUGAACCUCAAGCCGGACCUUCUGCGUGGCAUCUUCGCCUACGGCUACAACAAGCCGUCGGCCAUCCAGCAGCGUGCAAUCGUCCCCAUCUGCAAGGGUCGCGAUGUCAUUGCCCAGGCCCAGUCGGGUACCGGUAAGACUUCGCUCAUUUCCAUCUGUGCCCUGCAGCGCCUGGACCUCAAUAGCCGUGACACCCAGGUUCUCAUCCUGUCGCCGACGCGUGAGCUUGCCGUCCAGAUCCGCAAUGUCACGUCCGCCCUGUCGGACUACAUGUCUGCCAACAUCCACGCCUGCAUUGGUGGCACGUCCACCCGAGAGGACCAGCAGAAGCUGGAGCAGGGCCAGCAGAUUGUGUCCGGCACUCCUGGCCGUGUCUUCGACAUGAUCCGGCGGAAGGCCAUCAACGUGCGCAACAUCAAGAUGCUGAUCCUGGAUGAGGCGGACGAGAUGCUGUCGCGCGGUUUCAAGGAGCAGAUCUACGACGUGUACCGGCACCUUCCCCCCGGCCAGGUGGUCCUCGUUUCGGCCACCCUGCCGGGCGAGAUCCUGGAGAUGACCAGCAAGUUUAUGUCCGACCCCAUUCGGAUCCUGGUCAAGCGCGAUGAGCUGACCCUCGAUGGGAUUGCCCAGUACUUUGUGUCGGUUGAGAAGGAAGAGUGGAAGUUCGAGACCGUGUGCGAUCUGUUUGACUCGCUGACAAUCCCGCAGUCGAUCAUCUUCUGCAACACCAAGAAGAAGGUUGAUUGGCUUACGCAGAAGAUGCGCGCGCAGAACUUCACCGUCUCUGCCAUGCAUGGGGAGAUGCCCCAGAAGGAGCGCGAUCUGAUCAUGCAGGAGUUCCGCUCCGGCAACUCGCGCAUCCUCAUCACCACCGACAUCUGGGCCCGUGGUAUCGACGUGUCGCUGGUGUCGCUGGUCCUCAACUACGAUCUGCCUCUCAAUCGAGAGCAGUAUCUCCACCGCAUCGGUCGCUCUGGUCGCUUCGGUCGCCGUGGUAUGGCCAUCAACUUUGUCAAGCCGGACGAGGCCUCCCAGCUCCGUGAGAUUGAGCAGUACUACGGCACCAUCAUCAGUGAGAUGCCCAUCAACCUUUCCGACCUUGUUUAAAAUGCCGACCUUUGGCAAGCCAUUUUUCUCCUCCCCCUCCUUGGCGUGGUCGAGUCAGUCCCUCUCCCUCCCACUUUUUCCCUUCCUCAGUGUUUCUUGCGUGCGGGUGCGAUGUCCCCCCUCCCCUCCCCUUCGUCCCCCUUCCCCUCGCCCCAGCGUGUCGAACUAGUCAGCCGCCGCCACCGCCGCUGGGGGUCCCGGCUCGCAGGGGACCUCCCUUUCUCCUUCUCUCUUUCUCCCCUCCCCCCCCCCCUCUCUCUCUCUCUCCCCCCCCCAUCUCCACGUCCAAU